AUGUUAGUUUUAAUUAAAACACCAACUAUAACAUUUUCAUUGGAUAUUGAAAUUUCAGAUACCUUGUCAGUAUUAUAUAACAAGGUUGCAGAGAGAACAAAAAAUAAAAGCUAUCAAUUUCAAUUACACUUUGCUGGUGAUGUUUUAUCAAAUAUCUUAUCAAAAGCAAUUGGAGCAUGUGGUAUUAAAAAAGAGUCAACAAUUCAUAUGAUCUUAAUUAAAGAGAUUAAAUUAACUAUUAAAUAUUUAGAUAAAGAUUAUCCAGUUGAAAUUCCAAAUAAUGCAGGUUUAAAAGUUUCACAUUUAGUAUCUCAUAUUAGAACAUCAUUACAAACUCAAAUACCAUUAUUACGUUCAUAUUUAAACUCUGUUAGUUUAUAUAAAACUGGUACAGAUACUAAAUAUACAGAGAGUAUGAGUUUACAAGAGAAUAUUAAUUGUUAUGAUACUAUUGAUAUGAAAAUUGGAACACCACUACCUACAACAACGACAACAACAACAACAACAGGAUCAACAUUAAAUAAAAAAGAACCACUAUCAAAAUAUAAAUAUAAUAAUAAAAAUAAUAAUAAUAAUUAUAGUAAAACUAAAGGUUAUGAAAGUGAUACAUCAAGUGAUAGUGAUAGUGAUAGUGAAUCAUAUAGAAAUAGAUAUAAUGGUAAAUCAUCAGGAUCAGGAACAGGAUCAGGAUCAUCAAAACCAUCACAAUAUGAAAUUGAAAAAGAAAUUGAAGAAAGAAAUGAAAGAGAAAGAAUUCAAAAAGAACAAGAGAAGAUGGAAGAUGAUUAUUUAUUAAAGAAUUUCGUUCAAUCGUCAAUGUCAGCAGAUGUUGAGAUUGUAUUUUGUUUUGAUACAACCGGGUCAAUGGCAACCAUUAUUAAAUCAGUUCGUACUCAAAUCGUUCAAACUGUAAAUAGAUUAAUGAAAGAUAUUCCAAAUAUUAAAAUUGGUAUUAUGGGUAUGGGUGAUUAUUGUGAUGGUGUAAACGUUUUAAAAGUAUUGGAUCUUUCAUCCAACAUUGACGAGAUCGUAUCAUUCAUCAAUAUGGUGCCAAAUACAUCUGGUGGUGAUGAACCUGAAGCAUAUGAAUAUGCGCUUUACCGUGCAAAGGAGCUAAGUUGGUCUGAACAUACUUCAAAAGCAUUCGUAAUGAUUGGUGAUUCAAAUCCACAUGAACCAACCUACACAAAUUUAAAUAUAAAUUGGUUCAAAGAAUGCGAUGAUCUCUUUGAUAGAGGUAUUAAAAUCUAUGGUGUUAGAGCAUUGGGUACAAGUAUAUUCUAUUCAGAUUUGGCUGAAAGAUCAGGUGGUGUAUGUAUUAAUUUUAAAAAGUUUGAAUUAAUCACUCAAAUGUUUUUAGCAAUUUGUUAUCGUGAAAGUUCAAAAGAACAAUUUGAUAAAUAUCAAAAUGAAAUUAAAGAUCAAGGUGAUAUUUGUGAAGAAAUGAAUGAAAUUUUAGAUGAUUUAAAUAAAGAUAAUUUUACUGUAAUUAAAGGAAAUGAAAAUGAUAAUGAUAAUGAUUCUUCAAAAACAACUACAACAACAACUACUACCACUACUACGACCACUACUACAACUUCAACCACUCCAAAGAAUAAUGUCAUUUUUAAACAAUAUGGUGUACCAUCAUAUAUUAAAGUAAAUGAGCCAUGGUAUAAAAUUAAUCCAAAUCUUCAAGUUGAUCCAAAAUUUGUUUAUAAUUCAAAUACUGGUUAUUUUGAAAAUUUUAGAGUUGGUGGUCAAAGAAGAGCAGAAAUUGUAGAAUCAAAUAUAACUGAUGGUAAAUCAACAUCAUCAUCAUCACCAUCAUCAUCAUCAUCAUCAUUAACAAUAACUUCAUCAAUGAAUUCAAUGAAAUUAUUUGAUUUUGAAAGUAGAAUCAUUAAUGAAACAAAUUUAGAAACAAUAAAAAAGAAUAAAGUGACAAAUAAAGAGAAAAUAAUUUAUAUAAUUGGUGAUUCAGGAAUUGGUAAAACUACAUUUGUAAAUAAUUUAAACUAUGUAGGUAAAUCAUAUAAUAGUAAACUUAGAUUUAAAGAGAAAUCAACAUCAUUAUCACAAUCGGAUUUUGAUACUACAGAUUUGUUUAUUGUGUGUUUCACUCUACAAGGUUCAAGUAAUUCAUAUAAUAACUUUACAAAUUAUUUCACAGAGAUUCGUAAACGUGAUCCAAUGAAACCAAUUGCAAUAGCACUACUUCAAAAUGAUUUAAUACCCGAUUUAAAUAAUAAAGCAACUUAUCAGCCCUCUGCACUUCAACAAUUAUAUUCAUUGGCUGGAACAUUAGAAUUCUCUUCAAAAAUGCCACAAAAUCAAAUUAAAUUAAUUGAAAAAUCAAUAAAUUCGAAAUUAUCAUCAACUUCAUCAUCAUCAUCAUCAUCUUGUAAUUUAAUGUAA